AGCAAUUAGCAAUCAGGACUGCAGCAUAUAAGUGCCUUGAGCCUCCUCCUCUGUGUUUGGUGAACAAUGGAGAACCUUGAAGAGAGCAACCAGAGAAGGAGAAGUCUAAGAGUGAGAGGAGGAGGAGGAGAACAAGGAGGAGAACAAGGAGAAGGAGAAAGAGGACAAGGAGGGGAGGAGAGAGGAGAAGGAGGGCAUGGAGGAGGAGAGAGAGAAGGAGGACAUGGAGGAGGACAGAGAAGAGGAGGAGGAAGACAGAGAGGAGCAGAAGGAGCAGGAGAACAGAGAGGAGCAGGAGGAGGACAGAGAGGAGCAGGAGGAGGACAGAGAGGAGCAGGAGGAGGACAGAGAGGAGCAGGAGGAGGACAGAGAGGAGCAGGAGGAGGACAGAGAGGAGCAGGAAGAGGACAGAGAGGAGCAGGAAGGCAGAGAGGUGCAGGAGGAGGAGGACAGAUCGGAGCAGGAGGAGCAGGAGGACAGAGAGGAGCAGGAGGAGCAGGAGGACAGAGAGGAGCAGGAGGAAGAGGACAGAGAGGAGGAGGAGUAAGAAGAAGGAGAACCAUUAUAUCUAAUGAGAUUCGGGGCACUGUGAUAGACCAUGUGCUGAACCAUGGUUUGAGCAUGAGGGAGGCUGGCUUGAGGGUCCAGCCCAAUCUCAGCCGAUUCACAGUUGGUGCCAUCAUAAGAACAUUCAGGAUGGAGAACAGGACCGAAAGACAACCUCACAGUGGGGGAAAAAGACGCGUUUUCACACCAGAGCAGGAGACCCUAAUUGUGAACACGGUUCGUGAAAACAAUGCAAUUACCCUAAGACAAAUUAAACAGAAGAUCCUAGCAGAUAAUGCAGCUUUUAAUACGAUCCAGAAUGUCAGCCUGUCUACACUGGACCGUGUCCUCAAGAGGAAUUCAUUAGCUAUGAAACAGGUCUACAGGGUCCCGUUCGAAAGAAACACAGACCAUGUGAAGGAGCUACGGCGCGACUUUGUGCUUCGAAUCCAGGAGCUUGAUACGGCGAAUGAACUAUAUGAAUAUAUUUUCAUAGAUGAGGCUGGGUUUAAUCUGGCCAAGAGAAGGCGCAGGGGAAGAAAUAUCAUAGGCCAGCGGGCCAUUGUUG